GAUCAAAUGAACUACUUUAUGUUUUGAACGUCAUGUUUUGACAAGUAAAUAAUAGUUUAAUAGCAAAACAAACAUGGAACUGAAAAUAUUAUUUUAUUGAACAAAAAUUCAUUCGAAAUGAAUUUGCUGAAUGUUUUCCAAGAUUUUAACCCAAGUAAGUUCGUUGUCCAUACCUGUUUGUUAAUUUUUACAAUUUUAUUUGCUUUGAAACUGGAUAAUGUGAUAUCUUGGUCGUACUGGAGUGUCUUUACUCCUAUAUGGGUUUGGAAAUCUUUAGUAAUCUUAGGAGCCUCUAUUGGAAGUUAUGUUUGGUGGAGAUAUCCACAUUUCAGAGUUGAAGGGGAGGCUUAUAUCCAUUAUAAAUCUAUGCUAAUUUCCUUAGCACUGCAUUUAAUCCUUUUGAUGUUCGAAUUACUUGUAUGUGAUAAGUUAGAAUCUGGAAGACAUUUAUGGAUUUUAGUGUUUAUACCUUUGAUUUUCAUCUCUAUCGUCAGUAUAGCAGUGUGUAUAUGGGCUGUUAAACAUGACAGGACAUUUGAGUUAGAGCUAUUCUGUGCAGUUAACGUUCUUCAGUUCAUAUUUCUUGCAUUACGUUUGGAUCAAUUCAUCAGUUGGUCUUGGGAGGUUGUUUUUGUGCCAUUAUGGAUUGUGAUGUGUUUAUCAUUGGUUGGAGUUUUAUACACAAUAAUUUUUGCUGCUAUACUGAUAAGAACUCCUGAAGUCAGCAUUCAACAACGACGAGCGAGUUUUCAUUCAGCAUUAGGUUAUACUUUCUUAGUAGUUCCGAUUUUAAUAUUUCAGGUUCUCCUUGCCAACAAAUUAGAUGAUGACAUAAAAGUGUCUUACAUAGUUGUGGCAAGUCCCCUGUUUAUAUCCUUUAUAACAUUGAUCAUCAUGUCUUUCAAUGCCAAGGGGUGCAAUAAAUGGUGGUUUGGGAUGCGAAAAGAUUUCUGCUCAUUCAUCCUAGGUGUGUUUCCUUGCCUCCAAGAAUAUGCCAACAUUUCCUAUUAUCCUGAACGUAGGCAAGAGGGCGUUGAACUUGAACAAACCGAGAAGAUGGACCUUGCUUACAUGAAGAGAGCUGAUCUUCUGAAGCCAGUGCUGCCAAUCAUCUCGAUUGAGAUGCCAGACUGAUUUUAAGUUAUAAAUGCUAUUCAAGUGCUUCCAUAAGAUCUUUUAUUAUUUCUGAAUACCUUAGUUUUAGAUUUGCUUUUUUGAAAAAUCAAUUAUAUAUAUAUUUUUUUGGAGUCAUAUUUUAGGUUGUAAGUGUUGGAUUUGAUUGUUCUUAGGUCAGUAUUGUUAGGUUGGAUUUUGAACAGAGUUGUUUCUUUCAUUGAUAUUAGGUUAAAAUCACACUUAGUUAUUUAGCUUGAUCAUGUGUAUAUUUCAUUUUAUUCCUGUCUCUUGAGUAGAAGAAUCUGCUGGUAUCAGGGACUGAUUAAUUAAUUCAAUUAAGGUAAUGAGAGUUUUCAAGAAUUAUCAUAUCUUUUAAAUCGUUAUUCAUUUGAAUUUUUAUACCAUUCUUUUUCAACAUUUAUUGGAAUCACUGUGCAUAUGAAUGAAAUUGAUCUGAAUGUUAAGCUGUUGAAUUCAUCAUGUUUCCUAGAAUAUAGAAAAUUGAAUUUUCAUCAAAGAAGUUACAUCAUCAAAGGAAAUAGUACUUGCAUCACUGUUAUCUGCGAUUUUUGAUAAAAAUUAUUUGACAUAAUCUCAUAUUUGUCUUCCAUCUUUCUUGUGAAUGUUUUCAAUUUCACCCUUUGUGAAUUAUCAUUUGUAAAAAAGCAUACUUUUGCUUUCUUGCAAAUAUUUAUAUAUGUACAUAUUUUAUCCCUUAUUGCAUAUCAGUCAAAUUUAAAUAAAUAUUGAACAUUAGAGCUCAAAUGAAAUGUUGCAUAUAUUUAACCUAGUAUAUCAGUAUAAGUUCCUAAAUUGUUGAUGGCAAUGUAUUAAUUGUAUAUAAAUAUUGUACUUAUGUUUGAUGCGUCAAUUUUUUUAUAACAUGAUAACAAUAAUUUCAAGAUUUGCUCCAAUUAAAUUUAUUUAUUCACAAAUCGAAACUGA